AUGCCAUACUUCCUGCACAGCCGCACGGUGAAGUCUAGAAAGGAGCACAACGCAGACUGCUGCCUGUGCCUGUGCCGCUUCUGCUGUGCUCUCCGACGCGAGAAGACCACCAGCGACUCGCUCACGAAGGUGCCGGUCGCCGUCCUGAAGAGAUACAACUUCUGCCUGUGGUCCUUCAAGUACCGGAUAGAGUGCGAGAAGAUC